AUGAGUUCUAAUAUAUUCCAAUUGAAUUUCAAAAUUUAAAGAAAUUAAAUGAAUUAGGAUUAGAUUGGUUUAAAUAUCUUAAUCCUCCAAUAGACCCAAUAGUUAAUAAACUCUAUAUAGAGAAAUUAUUUUCAUCUUUAGAAGAAAAACAAAUUAAAGAUGUAGAGGAUCCCUCUUAAAUUAAUGUAUUAGUAUUAUUGAUAUCAAGUUUAGUGAUGAAGAAUAUAGCUCAUCUAUAGGAAUGAACUUUUAAGACUUUCUUGUUCAAUUUUCUAAUCUUUAAUUAAAUAUACUACCAAAUCCUUAAGGAGGAGACAAAGAGUAUUCAACAACAAUCUUACAUAAGGCAGCUGUUGAAUAAGAUAUAGGUGCUUUAUUAUCAUUAAUCUCUUAUUAUCCAGAGAUAGUAGAUUAUUAGGAUUAGAGAUAGAAUACAGCAUUAGGAUUGGCAAUAUAAGAAGAAAAGUAUUUUAGUGCCAAAGCUCUUAUAUUUAAUGGAGCAUCUGUUAAUUCAAACGCAGCUAAAUAUGGAUCAAUUUUAAAUUUGGCAAUUGUAAAAGGAUAAAUUCAUUUAAUACUUGAUAUUCUAUCUUAAGGUGCAGAUCCUAAUUAAAUGGAUGAAAAAGGAAAUACUGCAUUACAUUAUUGUAUGGCAUGUUUUGAUAAAGAUGUCACAAUUUAUAAAUAAGCAUUUAAUGCUCUAUUAAAAAAGAAUAUUAAUUUAAAUGCACUUAAUCAAGAUGGAUGGAGUCCUUUACAUAUAGCAGUUAAAAAAGGUAAUUCAGAUGCUAUUUCAGCAGUCAUUUAACAUAAUAAUAAGAAAUAAUCAAAAUUUGAUUUAAAUCUUAAAGGAGGUAAGAAACGCUAAACUCCUUUACAUUUAGCUUGUUCAAAUUGUCAUUUUGAAAUUGUAACAAUGCUUUUGCAUUAACCAGAAGUUAAAUUGUUUUGUAGAAAUAAAUUAAAUUAAACUGCUUCUUAAUGUUGUUUGCAUAAUUACAGAAUUUAUAAACUAAUUAAAAGAUAUGAGUAUGAAUAAUUAUAUCGACUCCAUCAAAAUUAAUAAAUUUAGGAUUAGGAUGAAUAUUCAGUAAAAGACAAUGAUUCAUAUACUGAUUUAGAUGAAAGUAUUUAACUAUUUGAUGGAUUAUAACUAAAAUAAAUUAAGAUUAAUAGAUCUGUUUUAGGUUGUCGAGAAAGAGCAACUGGAUGUAAAUUCAGAUUCUCUAGUUAACCACCUUAAAAAUGA